AUGGUUUUCUCUGAUUGGGUUGCUGCUUCCCUCCAGGAGUCAUCGAGGCAAAAUUUCUGCAUAGAAGCUGUAAAGAGAUGGUUCCGCUUUCUCCUCGGAAAAUAUCUCAGGCUCAAGAGGAUAAACUGGCAGAAAGAGACAAGCUGCCAUGGACGGGCUAGGCAAAUGCUAUUCCAGAGGUGGUCUGAAUCUCUACGUCAAUACAACUUGAUAGAUUAUUGUUUGAAAGAACGUCGUCGAAAGAUUAAUGAUUUUGUCCGUAAAUUGAUUAAUUUCUUUGAGCGAUGGGACCCUGAGGAUUUCUUUAAGAAUAUGUAUGAAAAGAGGACGUAUGUGUCCAAGACACGAUUUACAAAACCGCUAUGGGAUUUCAUCUUUAACGAGCUGAAAAAAAAAUCUUAUUUUCUAGAAGAUCCCGAGUCCAACAUUACGAAGAGGAUAUAUUCAGCUCGAGGAGAAUGGGUUCUACAGAAUGCUGAUCUUCCUGAGAGUAGCAAGUUGAAGUUGAUGCAUUAUAUUGUCGACGUAAAAUUUGAUCAGAGCCUUAUAUUAUGGCAUGUUGCUACAGAACUCUGCUACCAGAAGGAGAAGGAAAAGGAGAAGGAGAAGGAGAAGGAGAAGGAGGAGAUUCAUGAAGACAGUAGUAGUGACAAUCGACAAUUUUGUAAAGAAAUGUCUGAUUAUAUGUUAUAUCUUCUAGUUAUGCAGCCCACAAUGAUGUCUGCUGAAGCACGUAUUAGCGAAAUAAGAUUCCGCGAUACCUGUGCCGAGGCCACACACUUCUUCAAUAGAAAGCUCGACGACCAUGGACAAGAGCAAUUUGAUCAAGAGCAUGAAAAGGCAUGUACUAGAAUCCUUGAAGUAAAUACUGAAGUGGAACCUGUUGCUGUGAAGGGAGACAAAAGCAAAUCUGUGUUGUUUGAUGCAUGUAUUCUCGCAAAAGAGCUAUUAAAGUUGAGGGAGAAAAGAUGGAGUGUAAUGAGUGAAGUGUGGGUGGAAAUGUUGUCUUAUGCUGCAAGCCAUUGCAAGCCCAAUGUUCAUGCUGCUCAACUAAACAGAGGAGGAGAGCUUAUCACCUUUGUUUGGUUAUUAAUGGCUCAUUUUGGCUUAGGAGAUCAGUUCCAAAGAAAUACAGACGAUGUAAGAGCAAAAUUGAUUGUUGGUAUAUAA